AUUACGCCGUGCCAGAGUACAAAACUUCGAUACGACUCUGUUACCAGAAAGAUCAACAAAAAGCAUGCCCUAAACGACAACUUGCCACCACGUGGCUCAUCUCCUUCAUUCCAUAUAUAUAUAAUUUCCAUUUCAAUAUAAAAUACACAUUCCUUUUUCAACAUUUAUUUCUCUGCCGCAAACCAUAAAUAUAUAUAUAUAAAUACACACCCUGAUCAGAGUCUUACUUUGUCAAAUCAAUUCUCUUCUCUUUCUCGUCUAUUCCGAAAUUUCAGAUCUCUCUAUAUUCUAUACACAAAAACAAUUGUUCCUUUAUACAUACACAUAUAUACACACACAUAGAUAUAGUACAGUAUCUGUAUAUUGAUUAACCAUGGCACAGACUAUUUUGGUUACUGGUGGUGCUGGGUAUAUCGGAAGUCACACGGUGCUUCAACUAUUGCUGGGUGGAUACAAGGCUGUGGUGGUCGACAAUCUCGAUAACUCUUCCCCAAUCGCAAUCAAGCGAGUUCAAGAACUCGCCGGCAAACAUGGCCCUAACCUAACGUUUCAUCAGAUGGACCUCCGGGAUAAGCCCGCACUUGAAAAGCUGUUUGCUUCAACAAAAUUUGAUGCUGUUAUCCAUUUUGCUGGAUUAAAAGCAGUUGGUGAAAGUGUGGCAAAACCAUUGAUGUAUUAUAAUAACAACCUUAUUGGUACAAUUGCUCUUUUGGAAGUCAUGGCUGCCUAUGGAUGCAAGAAGCUUGUUUUUUCAUCAUCAGCCACUGUCUAUGGUUGGCCGAAGGAGGUUCCAUGUACAGAAGAGUUCCCCUUAUCUGCUGCAAAUCCUUAUGGACGAACCAAGCUUGUCAUUGAAGAAAUAUGCCGUGAUAUCCACCGUGCGGACUCUGGCUGGAAAAUUAUAUUGCUGCGAUACUUCAAUCCAGUUGGUGCACAUCCUAGUGGCUACAUUGGCGAGGAUCCCCGAGGUAUACCAAACAAUCUCAUGCCCUUUGUGCAGCAAGUAGCUGUUGGCAGGCGACCAGCAUUGACAGUUUAUGGAAAUGACUAUGCUACAAAGGAUGGUACAGGGGUACGUGAUUACAUUCAUGUUGUGGAUCUAGCGGAUGGUCAUAUUGCUGCAUUGUGCAAGCUAUCUGAUCCUUCCAUAGGUUGUGAAGUGUACAACUUGGGAACUGGAAAAGGAACAUCAGUUUUGGAAAUGGUAGCAGCAUUUGAAAAGGCAUCAGGAAAGAAAAUUCCUAUGGUGUUGGCUGGGCGGCGACCUGGUGAUGCUGAGGUCGUGUAUGCAUCAACGGACAAAGCAAAACGCGAGUUGAAGUGGAAGGCAAAGUAUGGCAUCGACGAGAUGUGUCUAGAUCAGUGGAACUGGGCCAGCAAGAAUCCAUACGGCUAUGGAUCUCCGGAGUCUGCUGCUUGAGUUAAAUAUCUUGUUGCUAUUUAGCUUAUGUUCAAAAGGGGAAAAAGAAAUAGAACAUAACACAACUUACUAGAAAAAAAAAAAAGGGACGUUAGUGUACUUACAGUCGGAUUAAGCAUCAGAAUUUUAGUUUAAAGGAACCAUUUAAUUGCUACUACUUCACCUUUUUACCACUUUCUAUUUUUCGUUUCUUAA